AUGGUCUCUAUCAACUCGUGCGACGAAGCCCAGGUGAUCAUCACAUGCUACCGAAUCAACGGGAAUCGAUCAUUGAUUUCACGUACCAGGGUCAAUAUCCAUCGGACACACAUUCCGCGACUUUUUUAUCAACUAACUCGUGAUCACAGCUUUAGCAUUGCAUCCUGGGAAUCUUUAGAGCAAAUGCGCCAGUCUAGCUUCACGACAUCACCGUCUCAGAUGGUUGUGCCCCAAGAUAUGAUGCAUCCUUGCUUCGAAAGUGAGUGUCUCUACGAUGUCACUGAAAGAUCUCUCCCGCGCAUGGAGCUAACACCGGAGCUCUUAGGUUUCAUCUCAGCAUCACGCGGCGUCUGGCGCAUGCUCCGGUUGAGUGAAAUUCUUGCAGUCUUUCGCGACGACGAAUACGAAGUGAUUCAACCUCCGCCAAGUGUGCGCGCCGCCGUCAACAUCGAAUUGAUCAUGACAGAGCUGCCAGACUUGAUCGCAAUCGGCGCCUUACUCCUAAUGACCUUGAUGUUCGCAUCUACUUCGAGGUUUCCUACAGCGGCUAUGGUUCUAGCCAUUGUCUCUCAGAUGAUGUUUCUAGCCGGGUUUCACAAAAUGACUGCUACUCCAGACGAAACAACAACGCACAAAAGGCCCCUACUUUCAUACGCUUACAUACUGAAACAAAACCUUUCCCUAUGGAUCGAGAAGCCACCACUCUUAUCUUCAAACUUUGGUCUAGACCUUCCGGAGCAAGAACCAUAUGAUGGGCAUGGAACUAUCCAUCUUCAAGAUGGCAUGUCGGGUAAUUGCCUCAGGGAACAGGCUAUUUUGACCGAAAUUCAGAGCGAGGCAUACGAGAAACUCCGCUCACCUAACUCCUUGUCGAUGUCACAGGAAGCAUACACAGAAAUCAGCCGCCAGCUCUUGGAAGAGCUCUUACAGCGGAGAAGUAAUUUGCCGACACUCGCCGAACCACUUCUGAUACCCAAUAACCUCGACAUGAAGCAUGCGUCAUGGUUUUCCACCAUAUUUUGUACCUUCUAUCAGGGCGAGAUUGCUAUUCGCUCUUCAAUCUUCUCGCAUAAUAUAUUCUUCGACAACGCAAACAUUCGUAAUCAAGCACCCUCGUUGACUCAAGUUGCGCUUCCGCUACUAGGAAACCGGUGGGAUCGCAAGUGGCCAUUGUUCAACGCUCUUAUGCUGGUGGUUGGAAGGCUGGCUGGUCCUUUCUCUGAGGUCCUCAGAGGCAUGUUACCUAAGGUUGCGUGGAACCUUGAUUCUCAAUUCCUUCAUAUCGCCUAUAACAGGCAUGCACCAGAAGUGCAACAUGAAGCUCAGCUCAUCAGAGAUGUUGUGAACUUGUUUGAGGACAACUUUCCAAACUAUCAACAAGCCAAGUCUUGCGCUACGACUAGGCUUCUAUUGGAUGUGGCUUCAAGGGCAGUUCCAUAA